CCGAAGGAGGGAAAGAGAGCGCGAACAGCCGAUAAGAGAAUGAACGGGUCACGUAUCGCCUGUAUUAUAUUUGCAUUAUGCAUCAUCUGUUUAUCAACAACCUUGAGCGUGCCGGAUCUGAAAUUUGUACACGUUUUGUUCGCGCACAAACUGUACGCGCCGAGAGAGGACCACGCGGAAAAGGAGGGCUUGCCGCGAGUCUUAUCGUACGAGUACUUCACUUCCGCCAGGAUGGACAUGCCGAACGCUGCGAGUCUCAACAUGUACAACCUGGGGGUGCACUUGCGCAAGGUCUAUGGCGAAUUUCUUGGCGACAAACUGCAACUUUACAGACCGACGAGGAUGAGGACGACGGAGUACGCCUUAUCGAUGUUAUCGGCGCAGCUCGUUAACGCUGGUCUGUGGCCACCCGUGGAAGAGGAAAUGUGGAUAGCGGGCGUCAACUGGCAGCCAAUGCCGACUGAUUACGUAGAGUUGAAGGAGGACAUAUUGAUGUUGGGCUCACUGUGCCCGAAUUUCAUCUCACGGAUAAACGAAGUGUUGGAAACAGCCGAGACUCGAGAAAUGAUAUCGCAGUAUCAGCCUUUGUUUGAUUAUCUUUCUUAUUACACUGAGAAGAACAUCAGCACGCCAUCGGACGUAGCCCUCUUAUACUCUAGUCUGGAAACGAUGGCUGAUCAAGGUGAGAUGUUGCCCCAUUGGGCGAACGACGUGUUUCCCCACGGUACGAUGUACAACGUUACCCUGUUGGAGUACGAUCUCCUCUCGGCGACUCCUCUUCAGAGGCAGCUGAACGGCGGGACCCUCUUAGCGGAGAUCGUCGGCAACUCGCUGAAGUACACGAUGGGCGAAACGCCAGAGGGUCGUAAAAUGAUGUUGUAUAGUGGCGAUGGACGAAAUAUCGCCGGAGUACUGAAAAUUCUAGACCUCUGGUCGCCUCACAUUCCUAAUGAAGCGGCCGCAUUAAUCUUCGAAUUAUAUUAUGAUAACGAUACAGACACGCAUGGAGUCAAGAUUAAUUAUUACACUGGUAUCGACGAAACAACGAUCUCUUUGUCAUUGCCGAACUGUACGGAGACAUGUCCGUUACAAACGUUAUUGGACUCCGUUUUCGAGUCGAUACCGCGGAAACCGCAUGCGUUGUGCGGCUGGACCGUUGAGAAUUCAACGGAAGCGGAAGACGCCACUACGUUGACUCCGGGGAAAUCGUCGAGUCGCGGUGGAUCCGCUUUGUGCAAUAGUGAGCGUUUGAUACGUAACUUAAUGUUACUGUACUUAGCAACUUGGUAUUUAAAGUAGUUAUGCUAAUUAGUACAAAAGCAGCUAUGAGAGCAG